AUGGAAUUAGACAAUUCAUGCAAAGUCCGGUGCGUACCUGAGUGUCCGGAUGAGUUGAAGCCCGUUGUAGGAAAGAAAUUCAGAACUUUAGAGGAUGGGAUUUCAUUUUAUAAUGCUUACGCGCGUGUGGCUGGAUUUGAUACGCGUAAGCAAGGGAAUAAGGCUUAUCGCGAACAUGUUACUUGGCAGUAUUUGGUAUGCAACCGACAGGGAGUGAGAAAGGUGGACUACACAGACCAAAUGAAUGCAAGGGAGGAUUUCGUACACAAGCGGCGUCGUUUGUCAAAGAGGUGUGAUUGUUUGGCCAAAGUAACUUUGAAAUUUGUUUCUGAUGGUGGUUGUUCAAGCUAUGUUGUUAAUGAGUUUGUAGAGGAGCACAACCAUGUCAUGAUUAUAAUGCCUCAUAGACGUUACAUGAACUUGAAUAGAAAACUGACUGAACUUCAUAAGAAGUUCAUUUGGGACUGCACGAAAGCUAACAUAGGUCCGACAAUGACCUUCAAAUUCUUGAAGGAGUUUUUGGGUGGAUAUGAUACCGUGGGGAUAACGGUGACGGAUCUUAGGAAUGCUGUUACUGGAAUGAAAGCUUAUGUGGAAGGGAGCGACGCACAGAUGUUGUUGGAUGAGAUGCGUAGAAAGAAGGCAUCGUCAGAUGCUUUCUCAUUUCACUACGAGCUCGAAAAGGACAAUUCUUUGAAAUGUCUUUUCUGGUGUGAUGCGGUAUGCAAACGUAAUUACCACAUGUAUGGUGAUGUGGUUGCAUUUGAUUCAACAUACAACACAAAUAGGUACUGCAUGAUUUUUUCCCCUUUCACUGGGAAAGACAAUCACGGAAGGCCUGUGACAUUCGGAGCUGCAUUGUUGUCUAGCGAAGGAACAGAAAUGUAUUCCUGGUUAUUCAAACAUUUUGUAGAAUCAAUGGGCAAGCACCCAAGGAUGAUUGUUACAGACCAGGAUAAGGGGAUGAAAGCUGCUAUCGAGAAGGUUUUUGUUGGAACCAGACAUAGAUGGUGCAUAUGGCACAUCAUGCUUAAGCUUUCUGAUAAAGUACCAAAGAAGAUGCUUGACAGCGAUGAACUGAAGAAAGAGAUAAAAUCAUGUGUCUGGUCUGAGACGAUUGAACCUCAAGAGUUUGAGGAGACGUGGUUGGGAAUAAUGGAACGAUAUGGAAUGGAGGACGUGGAUUGGUUUAAAGCCAUGUUUGAUCGAAGAGCGCGUUGGGUUCCAGCUUACUUUAGGGAUUUUCCAAUGGGUUCUCUAAUAAGGACUACUUCCGUCUCUGAAAGUGAGAAUAGUUUCUAUAAGACAUUCACGAAGCCACGAUCAAAUCUUGUAGAAUUUAUAAUGAGCUUCGAUCAUGCUCUGGAAUCUCAAAGGAAUGCCAGCUCCAAGUUGGAUUAUUUGGACUCAAUUGGUAUUCCUAUUAUGGCGACUGAAUUGUCUUUUGAGAAACAAGCAUCCACAAUGUACACUGACCAUAUUUUUAGAAGAGUGCAGAAAGAGAUAGUUGAUGCUUGUUUUCACUGCCCUAUUGAUGCUAUUGUCAAAGAUGAAUUCUUUGAGACUUUCACUUUGAAGGACCUAUAUGGAAAGAUGUGGACAGUGACGUACGACAAGGAACGUGAUUCAUAUGAUUGUGGCUGCAAGUUGUUCACUAGGGAGGGUUUGUUUUGCUGUCACAUUUUCGUUGUACUUAAGAAUAGAGACGUGAAGUUGAUCCCUGAAGUUCACUUCAAUGGGCGUUGGUUGAAGUCUUCUUUAGCCAAAGCAGUGCAUGGACAAGUGGACAUUGACUCUGAAUUGAUGGUUGCAGCUGAUCCAAAGCAGCUUGCCGUGAACAAAAUGUACGAAGUACUCUUGGGAUUUGGUAGAAAGUUUGAAGCCAAAAUUGAAACUGUGUUUGCAUUCACAGAGGGCGUGGAAGAGCUAGGGAAAAGCAUUGAAUCAUAUUUUCCAAUCCUCUCACUAGUUGAGAAGAAGAGCAUGAUUGAAGAAUUCUAUGGUCGUCCAAGACCAGCUGAAAUUGAUGUUCAUCCUCCUAAAGUUGUUAGGACAAAGGGUUCGUGCAGUCGAAAGAAAUCCAAAAAAGAGGCAGCCAUCCUGAAAGCUAGUAAACCUAAACGAAGAUGUGGAAAAUGCCAUGAAAUCGGUUACCACGACUCGAGAAAUUGUGGUAGACAGAACGAGGGCAAGGGGAAGGAGAAAGUUUGA